AUGCGUUGGGCUAGUAUACUCACCGCGCUGGCUACGGCCACGGCUGUCUCGGCCUCCAAGCCUGGCAGUCCUGCACACCGCAUUGCCAAGUACAAUGAGAUUAUGAUGGACAAGGCUCAAGCACGCGCGGCAGCACGGGAUGAAAAGACCCAAAUCGCCAGUCGCCAAUCCGGUGACAAGUUCUUGACGGAGAAGACGCAACAAUUCGCCGUCAAUGGAAGUUUACUGCCAGAUGUUUAUUGGGAUAUCGGAGAGUCCUACGCGGGUCUUCUUCCCAUUGGCAACUCCAAUGACACCGAGUUGUUCUUCUGGUUCUUUCCCUCUACCAAUGAGGCUGCCAAGGAGGAAAUUGUCCUCUGGUUUACUGGUGGUCCUGGUUGUUCGUCCAUGUCUGCAUUGUUGGAGGAGAACGGCCCGAUCACUUGGAUCCCGGGAACCUACGGGCCUCAACCAAACCCAUGGAGUUGGCAUCACCUGAGCAACGUGAUAUGGAUUGACCAGCCCGUCGGCACCGGCUACUCCCAGGGCGUUGCAACCUAUCAUGAUGAGUUCGAGGUUGCCGACCAGUUCCGGGGCUUCUGGAAGAACUUUGUCGACACAUUUGACAUGCAAAACUACAAGGUCUACAUUACUGGUGAGAGUUACGGUGGUCUGUACUGCCCGUACAUUGCUGGCGGCAUGCUGGACCAGAACGAUACCGAGUACUUUGACGUGGCGGGCAUGAUCGUGUAUGACGGCGUUCUUGGCGACGUCAAUGGAGAUAUCGUGACAAUUCCCUUUGUCGACUUUCACCACAACGUGUUCCCCUUCAACGAGUCGUUCAGCCAGCUCAUCCACGAACAGCAUGAAACCUGUGGCUAUGCCGACUACCUGGAAAAGUAUCUCGUGUACCCUCCAGCCGGGGUACAGCCCACUGCACAGCCGGGUUGGAACGAAAACCAGACAGAUUACCUUGACGGAUGCGCCAUCACCUAUGAGACCUGGGACGCCAUUGCCCUUCUUAACCCCUGCUUCAACAUUUACGAGGUUGUUGAGCAGUGUCCCCUACUAUAUGAUCCCCUUGGCUUUGCCGGCGGCAACAUGUACUCUCCGCCAGGAGCCCCAACUGUCUACUUCAACCGGACCGAGGUCAAGGAGGCGCUGCACGUGCCCGUCGAUGUGGACUGGGAAAUUUGCACCGAAAACACCUUUCCCUACGGCGACAACUCACCACCUUCCUCUCUCGUGCAAAUUCCCAAGGUCAUUGACCGCACGCAAAACGUACACCUGGUCCACGGCCGCCUCGACAUGGUCUUGUACAUGAACCAGACGCUGCUUGUCAUCCAAAACAUGACCUGGGGCGGCCAGCUCGGCUUCCAGGAGCGUCCGACGGAGCCCUUCUUCGUCCCGUACCACGAGACGGCAGACUUGGGUACCGCUGCCGGCGCUGGCAUUGCCGGUACGGCACACACGGAGCGUGGCAUGACUUAUUCGACCCUAACUCUGAGUGGCCACGAGGUACCAGCUUAUCAACCUGCUGCAGCCUACCGUCAGCUCGAGGUCCUGCUGGGGCGCAUCGACAACUUGCAGUCAACCUUGCCGUUCACUACCGAUCCAGACAACACUACUCAGCCAAGUUCACUGGAUCCUGGCACGGGAGAAAACUGA